AUGGUGCUUUCCGACAGUGAGAAGACGGCCAUCACUUCCCUGUGGGGAAAGAUUGCCCCAGAGGCCAACAAUAUAGGGGCAGAGGCUAUGGAAAGGCUCUUCCAGAACCAUCCUGAGACAAAGUCCUACUUCGGCCGCUUCGAUCUGUCUCCGGGCUCUAAGGACCUCUUGACUCAUGGAGGAAAAAUCAUCAAUGCCCUUGGUGAGGCCGCCAAGAACCUGGACAACCUGUCCAAGUACCAAGACCUCCACACCAACAAGCUGAAAGUCAACGUUAACCAUAUGAAGCUGCUGUGUGGCUGCAUCCAGGAGAUCUUGGCCUCACGCUUCCCUGCUGAAUACGUGCAGGCUGCCUGGGAGAAAUUCCUCGGCGAGACUACCGCCAUUCUGACUUCUACCUAAUCGCUGAGGCGCAGAAGCUGGCUGUGAUGUGUCCCAGAGUGAAUGUAGCUCCUGUAUCUCCAGUAUGACUGUGCCAACUUGCUGUGGAUGGGUGACCCUACACCGUGACCUCGUCUGGGGAAGUUGUAGGAUUUCGGUGUCCCAAAAGCAAAAAAAAAUGUGGUGCUCAUCUAACGCUGCCACUAAAA